CUGUGGUCUGAUACACAGUGUUCCGACAGCAUCCCUAAUAGACAGACAUGGCGGGUACCGGGAUAACAGUGGCGCUGAUCGCAGUGUUGAUUCAGAUUAUCUACGCCUCCAAACUGAUGAACGUCGAUAGUCACCAACUUGCCGACAAGGAAGGUCAGGCAUCUAAGCUCAAUUUUGUAGAGGCGAUGAGUAAAGUCCUAAAGGCUAGGGAUACCAAGGAGAAGAAUCUCAGACAAGCGAAAGAAAAAACCCUGAAAAGAAACAGCGUUCCCUAUGAGUACCUUGGCGGUUGUUACGAUAACAAUGAAAAUUGCGAGUAUUGGGCGUCCACCGGCGAGUGUAACAGCAACCCGGCGUACAUGCAUAGUACAUGCCAGUAUUCAUGCGGAACGUGCUGUUCCGACAGUAACGACCAAUGCGGAUACUGGGCUUCCACUGGGGAGUGUUACAUAAACCCGGAUUAUAUGGAUAUCAACUGUGCGAUGUCCUGCGGUUAUUGUUAUGGAGGUAUUCACUACAAACGUGACGUCACUAAGAACUUCGGUAACAGCCCACCCGGCACCAGAGAUGACUCGCGCGAACAACUCAGGACUGAUGAUAAAAUGAAACGGGCGUACGAGCUCGGGAAAUUUAUCAAGAGAGCUCUAACAUGGCCACAUUCACAAGGAAACAAUGGGUCACCUGGCACACAUGAAACUGGAUAAAAAUAGAUCAAUAUAGAAAGGACGAGUAACGAUCCACAUGUUGACGGGAGCACCAAACAUUUAUAUGUGUGUACCUUUCUUGGAGGUGUAUGGUAAAAACGUUAAAGUGAGAUCCCUUGUCAAAUAAAAUAUUACAAGUGUUGAAUGGUGAAAUAGAUCCAAUUUGUUUUCUAACAUAAUGCUGAUAUCAAUUAACAUCCCUGUCAACGAGUGUUUACUUUUAUAAUCUAUCCAUAUACAUAUUUCCGAUUUAUUUUAUGUUUGUGAUAGGUUAGAGAACAAAAGGAACACAAGCAGAGAAGCGACACGAGCACGGAACUAACCUUUGUAGAAAAAAUGCAUUUAUAUGUUAUUUUACUUUAAUAAUUAAAAGAAUUCAUCUUUAUCUA